AUGCCCACUCGGAUAGACAGAACUACAGAGGCAACUGGCGAGAGCCUUCCCGCGUACAGCGAAGCGCCGCCUUAUACGGAAGCCGCCGAGUCGGAGGCAGCAUCGAGCAGCAGCCGCAGCGCCGGCGUGCCACCGGCGGCAGCACCACCGCCGGACUACAGACAGGCGUCUUUCACUCCCUACGUGCCCAUCCCGACGACGCUGUACGGCUUCAGCAAGACGGCGUACCGCGGGCUUCACCUGUGCGCCGACGCCGACGGCCGGGCCAAGCUCUUCUACGCCGUCCACCAUACGGGCAUGAGCGGUACGGGUCCUCUGGGCGGCCGCCUCGGCGUGCAUCUACACAACGGCCUCGACAACAGGGCGCCUGUUUUGGCGGCCGCGGGUCAGCGCCUGCAGCACGAGUCCUUUCGGGAGCGUACCAGCGUCGUUUUGCUUCCACCGCACAUGCCCCCCGCCGCCGACCAUGGAGGCGGCAGUAGAAACGUGGUGGGUAUCGCUAGCUACACCGACGUCCUCAUGGAGGUGCAUAACACGCGACGGGGGCCGCCGGUCUUUCGGCUCAAGCUGGAGAUUGGCGCCGGAACGGCGAAUACGCUGCGUCCGGCAAAGUUUGCGUGGUGCAGGGGGCUCGGAGCAGGCGGUAACGAAUACACGCUCGUGAGGAAACUCUUUCGACAUGGAGAAAGGUACGCAGCCGCUGGGGCGUCCCGCUGCGCCUUUCCAAGGACGGAGGACGAGGAAAGGGCUGCGGCGGAGAAGGGCUCGGCAGAGGACGACGAUGGCGAGGUGGUGGCGGUCUUGACCUGCGGGAGCGCUCUCAAGACGUGGGGGAGGGGCAGGAGGAGGCUGUUCACGAUUGAGUUGCGGGGAAGCGCGGCGUGGGGCUUGCUGGGGGAGCGGUGCACGGUCAUGAUCGUGACGACGGCAGUGAGGGUGUAUCAGAUGCAUGAGCAGGGCAUGACGAGUAGGAGUACCUUCUGGGGCUCGAUGGGAAAGCACGAGAAGAAGAAUGCUACUGAGAAGAAGUCGAGAAAGGAAGAAGGGAAGGCAGCGGACACGCUAGGGCAGGCUGUUGACGCGGCUGCGUUGUUGUCGGAGCUGCGGUAG